AUGAAUCGCCGGCCCCCAGCACAGGGCUGUGAGCUAGAACACGCCGGACUGCAGCCACAAACAGACAUCAUGCGGCUAAUUAUCAGAGACGACCCCAAAUCUGCAUCCCAAUACAUCGCCGACUAUGUCAUUGAGCGCAUUAAGGCCUUCAACCCUACACCUGAGAAACCCUUCGUGUUAGGGUUGCCCACUGGCAGCAGUCCCGUCUUAAUCUACGAGCAUCUUGUCCAGCGCCACAAAGCGGGACAAGUCUCGUUCCGCAAUGUGGUCACAUUUAACAUGGACGAGUAUGUCGGCAUCCCACGAGACCAUGCCGAAAGCUAUCACAGCUUUAUGUACAAGCACUUCUUCUCACAUGUUGACGUGAAACCUGACAACAUCAACAUCCUCGACGGCAACGCGCCCGACCUAGAAGCUGAAUGCCAUGAGUAUGAAGAGAAGAUACAGCGUGCGGGUGGUAUCGAGCUGUUUUUAGGCGGCAUCGGACCAGAUGGGCACAUUGCCUUCAACGAGCCAGGCUCCAGCUUGAAGUCUCGAACUCGUGUGAAGACACUGGCGUACGACACCAUUCUGGCCAACUCAAGGUUCUUCGGGAACAAUCUGGAUCAAGUGCCGAGAAUGGCAUUGACAGUUGGAGUUCAGACGGUGCUGGAUGCACGCGAAGUCGUUAUUAUAAUAACGGGUGCGCACAAGGCUCUAGCCCUUCAAAGGUGCAUCGAAGGUGGUGUGAAUCACAUGUGGACACUGUCUAGUCUGCAGAUGCACCCCCACCCAAUGAUUGUGGUUGACGAGGACGCCACCUUGGAGCUGCAGGUCAAGACAGUCAAGUACUUCAAGAGCAUCGAGAUGGUAGGAGACGAACUGGGGAUGCGCCAGAAGCUCCCUAGAAAGCGCGACUCGCUUGUGGACGAGGGUACCUUGCUAGCCCCUGACCAAGAGAACGGUAUCAGGUUGACUGUGCCGCAACUUGAUCUCUCCCGUUCAGCAAGUCCAGUCCUGGAACCAAUGAGCGCCCGCAUCACCGACGAGGAAGCAAGUGCAUUGCGUCCCGUGGACGUGGAUAUGGAUGAGGUCGCAGAUCAACCUUCGGUCCGAAUGAGCGCUCGCGUCGCCAGCUAG